AUGCCUGACAUGACCGACACUCACACGGGUCCCAUUCUUGCAAUUGACGUCCAGUACGUAGACGACACGGGGUACGCGGCCGCCGUGCUCUUCGACACUUGGACAGCCUCUAAACCACUCCACGUCUUUACACAUGUGGAACACAACGUGGCCGAGUACCAGCCAGGCCAGUUUUACAAACGCGAACUGCCUCCCGUCCUCGCCCUCCUCGCUGCCAGUCCAACCCCACCAGCCGUGGUGGUGAUUGACGGGUUUGUCAACCUCGACGCUGCUGGUCGUCCUGGUCUCGGACAACACCUCUUCGACGCGUUGGGUGGCAAAGUGCCGAUUGUGGGAGUUGCGAAGAACCCGUUUCGUCUUCAUGGCGAGGAAGGGGAGCCAGAGGAGCAAGGUGGCCCAGGUGCGAUUACCCGCGGGUCCAGCGUGCGACCGCUCUACGUCACGUCUGCGGGGAUGAGCCAGACAACGGCCGAGGAGCUCGUCAUCGGAAUGCAUGGCCAGCAUCGUCUACCAACCAUGCUCAAGCUGGUCGACCAAGAAGCCCGCAAGGCGAGCAAACGAUCUGCGACUUAG